GUUGCACUUAAAGGAGCAUCGCGAGUGCCAUUCAGAUAACAACGACCAAUCUAAAACCUUGAACCGAAAUUAGUUUUAUUAUAUUGGUUGUAACUUUUCGUUUUCCUCGGAAAAAAAUGAGACUUCACGGUGUUCAAUCACGUUACGUGCUGUGCUACGUCUUGCUUUGGUUCUGUCUCACCUCGUUCGCCGUUAGUGGGUCGGAUGUGGAGCAGGGCGUGACGAUUUACGGUUUGCUGCAGGUCCCGGAGUCCUACUUUUCCCAUCCCGACAGCCAGAGCCCGCUCAACCAAGUCCAGCCCGGUAGUGUUCUGCUCACCAGCGCCCUUCACACCUACCGUGUACCGGUCCAAAAGGGCGGCCUCUUUGUAGUGCCGUUGAUGGCCUACGGCACCUACCUCCUGCAGGCUGACUUUCAUGAUUUCAUCUUUCCCACUGUCUUGUUAGAGGUGCAGUAUAAGGAACGCGAUCGAACGCAUGGGCAAAUGAAGGGCGAGCGUGUUCCUGUGGUUCACGCCUAUGCAAAUGACUUCCCCGUGCGCCCGCUCGAUGGCACUGGAGUGGAUGAUAUGAACCCCAUCGUUAUUCCAACUGAAGGUGUUCAUUCGUACUACGUUCCUCGUGAAGAGUUUCACUUUACAGAGAUCUUGAAGAACCCGAUGAUUUUGAUGAUGCUGCUUUCUUUUACAAUGUUUGGCCUUGUCAAGCUAUUUCCAGAGGAGGACCUUAAGGAAUCUCAGAAGGUUUCUAGGGAAUGGCAGAAUAAACUCGUUAAGAGUUCAAACAAAGCAAUCAGCAAUAAAACUUAGAAGUGAGGAAAAUGAUUUAUUUAUCGAGCGAAGUCUUAAGUGGAGUGGGAGAUAUGGGCAUUCGAUACAUGUUAAUUGUUACGAUUGUGUUAUUAUAUCUAAUAAGUUGAAGAAAGGGGAAAAUAAUGAAUUGGAUAAAAUUGGUCUCUCCAGUAUGAUUUAGUGCGCUAUAUUAAUAAUUGCAUUCCCUUUGAGAUCUUGAUGGCAUGUUGUAAUAUAAUGCUUUCACAAUUUCAACAAAUGAAGUGUUUGAUGCUAGACAAUGAUCCACGCAAUGAGUCGUGUAGCCGAGGUAACAGAGGAGUAAUUUUCGAAGUAUUGAAAAAGUUUUGCAAUGUCUACCUAAAUACGAUUUGUUUCACUUCCUUUAUGAGCUAGAUACGGCUGGUGGAGAAGUGAGAGCAUUAGCAAGCUUUCUUAAUAAAUGUAUAAAGGGUAGUACAAAUGCCUUAAAAUGUGAUAUCAUAAGAAUGAUAGCUGUGAAGCAAAUAUACAUAUUCAUAUUCAUAUCAAAUUAAUAUGCGAUUAUUUCUAUAGUUUUCCAGAUAGGAGGACGUUAAAGACAUAGACAAUAAUUUAGCAAUUUAUAACGUUCAAAACUAUGAAUAGGAAUUGAUCUGACGAUAAAGAAACAAAUCGAUUAAAGUGCGUCUUCAUGGGAUUCUUAGUUGUCUAGCAUCGACACCACUGAAACACGACACAAUUGCGGUGGUCAGGUGGGGAGUAUGGGAUGCUUUGCAUGUGAAACUCUGCAUUCUGGAGGGUGACAUAACAAGAGUGUUGUGAAUAGGGUUCAAUUAUGAGGCUUCUGAAGGUAUCCUGAGAUUACACCACAUGAGCACCAACACACUAAGUGCGGCAACCGUCUCGCGAUUGAACCCAUGUUAACUUUUAUGGUGCAGUGAAUUCAAAUAGAUGAAGGCUCAACUUGGGUGUGAAGGAUGAGAGAGAGGAAGAGGGGGGUGUAGAUGGACAGACACCAGAAAAUGGAUUCAACUUGGAAGGAGACAAAUCAGGCAUGAUUUCUUCUGGUCCAAAUAUUAUGUGCUUGAUACAUUAGUCGUUAUUAGUA